CAUGCAGGCGGUUUUUAAGUCAGCUGAAUGCACUCAGAGUUCCUGCUCUGAGCCUCGAGCUCUGCUUCCCUGCUGAGAGAGAGAGAGAGAGGGAGAGAGGGAGAGGGAGAAAGAGAGGGAGAGCUUCUUCUUGCGCUCCUCACAUUUGCAGGAUGGCAUCAGAUCCCGGGCUGCUGCCUCUCCUUCUGUGGAUUAUAUCCUUGCAGGUGCUGGGAUCCAAAAUCACAGCGAAUAAUGAAGUAAAUCUCCUCGACACCUCCACCAUAGCCGGAGACUGGGGCUGGAUGACGUAUCCAUCACACGGGUGGGACGCAAUUAACGAAAUGGACGAAUACUUCAGCCCCAUUCAUACGUACCAGGUGUGCAAUGUCAUGAGCCCCAACCAGAACAACUGGCUGCGUACCAAAUGGAUCCAGCGCAGCGGCGCGCAUCGGGUCUAUGCGGAGAUCAAGUUCACACUCCGCGACUGCAACAGCAUGCCUGGCGUUCUUGGCACAUGCAAGGAGACCUUCAACCUCCACUACUGCGAGACGGAGCGGGACGUCGGAACCGGCCUCCGAGAAAACCAGUUCUCCAAGAUCGACACCAUCGCUGCCGAUGAGAGCUUCACCAACGUGGACCUGGGAGUCAGGAGGCUGAAGCUGAACACGGAGGUGCGUGGCGUGGGGCCUCUGAGCAAGCGCGGCUUCUAUUUGGCAUUUCAGGACAUCGGGGCCUGCAUCGCCAUCGUCUCGGUGCGAGUUUACUACAAAAAAUGCACCGGCCUGGCGAGGAACCUGGCUGUGUUCACGGACGUGGUGACUGGGGCAGAUUCCUCGUCCCUGGUGGAGGUGAGAGGUCAGUGCGUGGAUCAUGCUGAGGAGAAGGACACGCCUAAGAUGUACUGCAGCGCUGAGGGGGAGUGGCUGGUUCCUAUUGGACGCUGUGUGUGCAGUGCUGGGUUUGAGGAGCACAGAGAGGCUUGCAUUGCCUGUGAAGUGGGCUUCUACAAACCUGUUGCUGGAGGCCAGCUUUGUGGAAAAUGUCCUCUCCAUAGCCACUCAGAGACCAGGGCUGCUCUCAAUUGCCCUUGCGACACCAACUACUACCGAACAUCUACUGACCCUCCUAGUGCUCCUUGCACAAGACCUCCGUCUGCACCUAUCAAUGUCAUUUCGUCUGUAAACGGAACCACCGUUAACCUGGAAUGGGGUUCCCCUUUGGACACGGGUGGCCGUGCUGAUAUCAUCUAUGACGUUCAGUGCCAAAAAUGCGUAAAGCCUGGAGAGCAAUGUGAGAACUGCAAUGUCGGAGGAACCUUUGUCAAUGGGAUAUUAGGAGCUGCUGUUGGAGCCCAAGGAAGCCCCGGUGGAGGAGCAACUGGCAGUGGAGGAGCUUUAGGUGUAAAUGGAAUGGUGUCACGAAUAGGAGUCAGCUCAAUCAGGUUCAUCCCCCAGCAGAAGGGACUGACGGAGCCAUGGGUGAACGUGAUCAACCUGGUGGCACACACUAACUACACCUUCCGCAUCCUGGUGAUGAAUGGGGUAUCGCACUUGAGCAAGGUUUCGCCGCCUUAUGCCACAGUCAACAUUAUGACAAAUCAGGCAGCUCCCUCUCAGGUGAUGGCGAUACGUCAAGAGAAUGCCAGCACAAACAGCAUCACCCUCAUGUGGCAUGAACCUGAGCAGCCCAAUGGAGUAAUCCUGGAGUAUGAUAUUAAAUAUUAUGAAAAGGACAAAGAGCAGCAGAGCUAUUCCACCCUGAAGUCGAAGACAACAAGCGCAAAAGUGUCUGGGCUCAAACCUGGCACCAGCUACAUCUUUCAGAUCAGGGCCAGAACCUCGGCUGGCUGUGGGCGCUUCAGCCCCUCUGUGGAGAUCCAGACUGGAAAAGCAGCCCCUUUACGUUACAACACUGUGACGAUUAUCUGGAUCUCCAUGGCUCUAGUCUCGGGGCUCAUCACCUUCCUGGCGCUUAUCAUCUGCAGAAAACGGCAAGAGGAGUACUUUGAAUUGUCUCCCUUUUUCAUCCUACACUGUGGCUACAGCAAGGCUUUCCAGGAUUCAGAUGAGGAAAAGAUGCAUUACCAGAACGGCCAUGUAUCAUUUCCAGAAGCCAGAUUUUAUAUUGAUCCGCACACGUACGAGGACCCAUGCCAGGCCGUCCACGAGUUCGCCAGAGAAAUUGAAGCUUCCCGGAUCAAGAUCGAGAAAAUUAUUGGUUCUGGAGAGUUCGGGGAAGUGUGUUACGGCCGGAUGAAGCUGCCUGGGAAGCGGGACGUCCCUGUGGCCCUGAAGACUCUGAAGGUCGGCUACACUGAGAAACAGAGGCGAGAUUUCCUGAGCGAAGCCAGCAUCAUGGCCCAGUUUGACCAUCCCAACGUCAUCCGUCUAGAGGGAGUGGUGACUCGAAGUAAACCAGUAAUGAUCAUUACUGAGUACAUGGAGAACGGCUCUCUGGAUUCAUUCCUAAGGAGACACGAUGGUCAGUUCACCAUCAUUCAGCUGGUCGGGAUCCUCAGAGGCAUCGCUGCCGGAAUGACGUAUCUGUCGGAUCUCGGCUACGUUCACCGGGACCUGGCAGCGAGGAACAUCCUGGUCAACAGCAAUCUGGUUUGCAAGGUAUCAGACUUUGGCCUGUCGAGGGUUCUGGAGGAUGACCCGGACGCAGCUUACACAACCUCUGGUGGGAAGAUCCCGAUCCGCUGGACAGCCCCCGAAGCCAUCGCAUAUCGCAAGUUCUCCUCGUCCAGCGACGUGUGGAGUUACGGAGUGGUGAUGUGGGAGGUGAUGUCCUACGGAGAGCGGCCGUACUGGAACCUCACCAACAGAGAUGUAAUAAAGUCAGUAGAAGAAGGCUACAGGCUCCCGGCGCCGAUGGGCUGCCCUGCUGCUCUCCACACGCUCAUGCUGGACUGCUGGCAGAAGGAGCGCAGCGAACGACCCCGGUUCUGCCAAAUCGUCACGGUCCUGGACAAGCUUAUCCGCAACCCAGAGAACCUCAAGUCAAUGGACACAUUGUGCAGACUAAACAGCCCAUUGAUGAACAGAAGCGUUCCCGAUUUCACGACCUGCAGAUCGGUGAACGACUGGUUGGACACCAUCAAGAUGAGCCGCUACAAAAACAACUUUGCCGCAGGAGGUUUUCACACACUCGGUCACGUGAUGAGCAUGAAUCAACAUGACAUCCAGAAGCUGGGGGUUACACUGAUGGGCCAUCAGAAGAAGAUCAUGACCAGCGUCCAGGUGAUGCGAGCGCAGGUGUUGAACCAGAGCGUGCCGUCGGUGCACGUAUAAUCACCUGCCGCGUCGAUAUAAAUGCAGAAUCGUCUGACGUGUAUAUGCGUGUGUGUUGGGGUCAUGGGUCAUGUGACUCUCAAAGACUCUCCUUUUGAAAGAGAACUAGACAAGGACUCUAAUCUCCAAGGGAUUCCACUUCCUCUUCCUUACAGCACUGGAUUUUUUGUUUUUUACUCUUUUUUUUGAAAAAAAAAUCCCUGCAUUCUUUCUCCGAUAAACUUUUGUAUAUAUAUUUUUUCGUUUGUUUUUUUGUUUCAAGUAAACGGACUGCCAGCCUUAUAGGGAGAAUGAAUUAUCGGUGUACAUAAACGAAGAUGUAAUGAGUGUCUCUGAUGUAUAGGUGAGAAUGCGAGCACUUCACAUCGCUAUCAAUCCUCUAAGUGUUUAAUUUAAUAUAAGAUUGUUUAUCUGCUUUUUCAGCAUUGAAAAUAUAUAAAUACACUAUAUGGGCAAAAGUAUUCAUCCAACCAGAUGUGCUUCUUCUUCAAACUGUUACCACAGAUUUGGACAUACACAAUUCUAUAGAAGGUCUUUGGAUGCUGGAGCAUGACAUUUACCCUUCACGUGAGCUAGGAAACCCAAACCUGUUCCAGCACCACAAUGCUCCAUGAAGAUCUGCUUUACAUGGGUUGGAUUUGGAGCGCUAAACCCUAGUGAACACCUUUAGGAUGAAUGUAAACGCUGCACCCCAGACGUCCUCACCUUACACAUCAGUACCGGACUUUACUAACACGCUUGCACCCGAAUGUACACAAAUCUCCACAAAAUCUAGUGAAACAUCUUCUCAAAAGAGUGAAGGUUAUUAUUGCAGUGAAUGGGGACAACACCUGGAAUGGGAUGUUAAACAUAAACCUUUGCCCAUGUAGUGUAUAUAUAGAAGUAGAAAACUUUGUUUGGUUGUGUGUGGGAGGGGGGUGGGGGGCAAAAUAUAAGUUUUUUUAAACUGAUUUCUAAAACCACAUGAAAAUUACUCUUCCUCCCUUUAACAUUGAUAUCUUCGGCUUUUUCAUGGACUAAUUCAUUAUGCACAUAUCAGCCACUUAAAGGUCAUUUGUGACACUUUAAUUUUUUUUUUUUAGCUUUCGUUUUUCUGUCUGCUGCUUCAAAAGAACAAGAGACGCCCUGACUAGAAGAUUCCUCAAACCGCUGGUUUUCACCUAAUAAACUCUGAUUCAGACCACAGCGUUAAACAAAAGUCUGAAUUUCACUAAUAAUAAUAAUAAUAAUAAUAAUAAUAAUAAUAAUAACAAUAAUAAUAAUAAUAGAAAAUGAGAAUAUUGUGAUAAAUUAUAUGUGUGGUAAAAUAUAUAUAUAAUAUCUGCUAAUUAGGAUGUCGCUUCAAUUCCAAUUUAUUAGUAAUCUGUUUCUUUCUUUCCCUCUCUGUCUCUCUCUCUUUUCUCUCUUAGUCUGUGUCUCUGUCUGUCUCUCUCUACCUCUUCCUCAUGCUCUCUGUCUUUCUCUCAGUGUUUCUCUGUC